CAAUUAUAUAAGUAUUGUAAAGUGUUAUUAACAAGAGUGACAGAACAGCGAUAUUUUACAAUUUAUUAUAUUAAUAAAGUGUAAAUAUUUUUUGGAAGUGAAAUAAAAUUUAAUAAAAUAUAGAAGACGAUUUUAUUUAAGUGAGUGUAAAAAAUUUUUUGUGUUUGUGAACGAUUGAGAAAGAAAUUAUUUUUGGGAUAAGUGUGUAGGACGUCACUGCAUAUAUCGUUUUAGAGAGAUGGGUAAAAAUUAUUACAAUAUUUUGGGGAUACAGAAGGGUGCUUCUGACGAUGACAUCAAAAAGGCAUAUCGUAAAUUAGCACUGAAAUAUCAUCCAGAUAAAAAUAAAGCACCUGGUGCAGAAGAACGAUUUAAGGAGAUUGCGGAAGCGUAUGAAGUACUCAGUGACAAGAAGAAACGGGAUAUUUACGAUUCGUAUGGCGAGGAAGGCUUGAAAGGUGGUGCUCAAAGUGGAACUUCUCAAGGAGGAAAUCAAAACUUCUCAUAUACGUUCCAUGGCGAUCCUCGUGCAACAUUUGCUCAAUUCUUCGGUUCAUCAUCACCAUUUUCAACAUUCUUCGAUUUUGGUAACACACCUGGAACACGAAUCUUUGGUUUCGACGAGGAUCAAAUGGAUCAUGACAUAGAUCCAUUUGCCACAUUAAAUAUGGGACCAGCGCGACCGGGCAAUGCUUUCCGUAGCCAUUCAUUCAACAUCCAUAACAACGCGAAUCGUGGUAAAGAUAAAGCUCAAGAUCCACCAAUAGAACACGAUUUAUACGUCAGCUUAGAGGAUAUCGCAAAAGGUUGUGUGAAAAAAAUGAAAAUCUCAAGGCGUGUCUUACAACCAGACGGCUCAACCAAAAAAGAAGACAAAGUAUUAACGAUCACAGUGAAACCAGGAUGGAAGGCCGGUACAAGAAUUACGUUCCAAAAGGAAGGAGAUCAAUCACGGCAUAAGAUUCCAGCAGACAUAGUUUUCACAAUUCGAGAUAAACCACAUCCACUAUUCAAACGGGAAGGUAGCGAUUUACGAUACACCGCAAGUAUAUCACUGAAACAGGCACUUUGUGGCACAGUCGUAGUCGUUCCCACAAUGAGUGGUGAUCAAGUCACAAUCAAUUUCCAAAAUGAAAUAGUGAAACCAACAACUGUGAAGCGCUUACAAGGUUACGGUCUUCCAUUACCGAAAGAACCCGGCAUCAAAGGUGAUCUUAUCGUGAAUUUCGAUAUCAAAUUUCCAGACAAAAUAUCAAAAACUGUUAGGGAAGUUCUAUAUGACACGCUACCUAAUUAAUAUCAAAACUUACUCCCUUUAAAAAAAAAUCCCUCGAACUAUUUAUUAUAUUAUUUUUUCAUAUUGUCAUCAUCUUUCGGUUAAAAUGAUCUUUUUUUUCUUCUUUCAUAUGCUCAAAAUUGUUUUUUAAUAAUCAUGUAACUCAAUUUUUUGAU